AUGGCGCUGGGCUGCAGUGGGGCGGUGGUCAUUCUCCCGCUGCUGCCGCGGCGCCUGGUAUCCACCCGGGCGACAGAGGGCGCGCAGCCCCCCGGGGCUGUGGUGCGCAUCCCCUGGGCCCUGCGCCUACGGCUGCAGCGGGGAGCGCAGCGCCGUCGGCGCGGGCAAGGGGAGGCGGCGGCGGCGGCGGCGGCGGCAACGCGGCCCGGGAAGCUGUUGCUGCGGAGCCGGCGGCCGGAGCUGAGCCAGCCCAGCUGGCAGACCGUGGGGCGUUGGGAGCGGCCGCAGCUGGUGUCGGCGGGCUGGAAGCACAGGAAGGCCUGCGGGGACUACUUCCAGCUGGAGCCCUCGCAGGAGGUGGCUCCUGCCCUGAAGGAGCCGCAGGCUGACGCUCCGCAGGGCCCAUCCUUCGCCGAGAUGGGGUUGCAGCCAGCGUUACUGACCGGCCUGGAGGGCCUCUCUAUCAACCGCCCCACGGCGGUGCAGCGCCUCGCCAUCCCUGUGCUGCGCCGGGGCCGCAGCGCCCUCUGCGCCGCCGAGACUGGCAGCGGCAAGACGCUGGCUUACCUGCUGCCGCUACUGGACAGGCUGCUUGCCUGCCCCGAGCUGCCGGCAGGCGUAGCGGGGCUCCCGUCGCCUCGCGGGCUGGUGGUGCUGCCGUCGCGGGAAUUGGCGGUGCAGGUGAGCGCGGUGGCGGCGGCGCUGUGCCGGCCGGCGGGGCUGCAGGUGCGCGGGCUGAUGGGCGGUGGAGCGGCGGGCGGGCUGCGGAGGCAGCUGCGGGCCCCGCCGCCCGGUCCCGCCGUGCUGCUGGGCACGCCUGGAGCGCUGCGGGAGGCACUGCGGCGGCGCUUCCUGACCUUGGAACGGCUCCUCUGGAUGGUGCUGGACGAGGCCGACACGCUAAUGGACGAGACCUUCAUGGAGCCGCUGGAACAGAUCCUGGCACACGCUCCACUCAGCGCUGGAGCUCCCGGGCCGGCGGGACCCGGGGAACCGAGGACCCAGAUGGUAGUGGUCGGAGCCACCUUCCCCGCGGGGGUGACCGAGACGUUGGAGAAGUUCUCCGAUGUGGGCCGGUUUGUCACCCUCACCACCCAGAGCCUGCACCGUCUGCCACCUCAUGUCCAGCAGAAGUUUAUCCGUGUCAAAGGCAAGGACAAGCUGCCUGAACUGCUGCAGCUACUUAAGGAGCGCUCAGCAUCCAGCGGGGCUGUUCUCAUCUUCUGCAAGACUGCCAGUACUGUCAACUGGCUAGGCUAUAUUCUGGAUGACCACAAAAUCAAGCACCUGAGGUUGCAGGGACAGAUGUCAGCAGAUGCUAGAGCUGGCAUCUUUGCCUCCUUCCAGAACGGUGACGUUUCUGUCCUUGUCUGCACAGACCUUGCUGCACGGGGGCUAGACACCAGCAGCGUGCAACUAGUGGUCAACUAUGACUUCCCAGACACAAUACCAGACUACCUGCAUCGUGCAGGGCGAGUUGGACGGGUUGGCAGCAAGGCGCCUGGAGCCGUGGUUAGUUUUGUCACCCAUCGGUGGGAAGUGGACCUGGUACGGAAAAUAGAGACUGCAGCCCGCAAAAGGACAGGUCUCCCAGGAAUGGACUCUUCUAUUAAUAAGUCUCCACCUAAAGGAGAUUGA